UCACUCAGUCAUGUCCGACUCUUUGCAACCCUGUGGACAACAGCCUACCAGGCUCCUCUGUCCAUGGGAUUUUCCAGGCAAGAGUACUAGAGUGGGGUGCCAUCGCCUUCUCUGUGUUUAGUGCUAGGUAUAGAAAAGAUACUCUAUAAAUAUUAGCUGAGCUAAAUUAGUGAUUCCUUUCUUCCCCCAGCUAAGUAGGUCAACCCUCAACUGGAGUAGAAAGAGGGUCUGAGAGUCCACUGCUGUCUGAGAACAUGAUACAGUCAUUGCCGAAAAGCCACACAAAGAAUUGCCAGUUAUGGAAUGACCAGCAGUCUAAUGUUUGUUGAUUUACUGCUCAGAUGUUUAAUGCAUCAGCUGUGUUAUGAGUCUGUGUUGAUUUCUGAUGCAUAGUUUCUGGAGUAAUGAGAAGACGGGAGUGGGUUCUAGUUUCUGCUCUAUUAUUAAUGACCCUGGUAGAGUCACGUAGCUUUUUUUUCAACCAGAACUCUUUUCUUACCUGUCAGGCAUGGAGCAGCGGGAGAGUGAAGUUGACUAAAUCCUUUAUAUACUUCCUUCACCAGCCCCCAGCUGUACCAUUUUGUGUUUCUUUAUGAUAACCAUAACUCAGUCACAAGGAGAAUGGAAAAUGGUACAAACGCUUCUUACAAAUCCUUUUUAUCACAGCUCUUAAAACAUCUCUAAGCAUGUGUAUGUCACACUACUGAGAAAUGAGUAUCCUCCUUAUCCACUUUGAGUGCAGAGGUCAAGCAUUUGCUCAUGCGGGAUCUUUGGUCUGUUUACUCUCAUUAUGUCAUUUUGGUAGCCAGUCUCCACAAUAGCCCCAAUGAUUUCUACCUCCUGGAAUUCACACAUUUGUCCAAUUCCCCCCACACAUUGUAUCAGAAUUGAUCUCUGUAACCAAUUGGAUAUUGUUAAAAUGAUGAUUGAUCACUUCUGAGAUUUGGUUAUUAGAUACCAAACUUCUGUCUCAAUUGCUCUCAUGCUUUCUCCGUCUCUGUAAUCAUUUGCUCUGGGGGAAGCAGUCUCCUAAGCAGCCCUGCAAAGAGGCCUCAAUGGAAGGAGCUGAAGCCUCCACCCCAUAGCUGCGUGAGUGACCUUGUAAGUGGAUUUUCAAACCCCAGUCAAAUCUUUUAGAGGUUGCAGCCCUAGCUUGACUGCAGCCUCGUAAGAAACCUGAGCCAGACUCACCCAGCUAAAUUACUUCCUGGUUCCUGACACUUACAAACUGUGUGAGGUAAUGUUUGUUGUCUUAAGUGACUGUGGUUUGUAGUAAUUUGUUAUGUAGCAAAUGAUAACCAAUACAGUUACCUUCAAGUCAUGAAAGUAGCUUUCUAGAGUGUUUCUUAUAUUCCCCUUUUAUAUAUUCUUACAGCUAGAGGUGGAAGGAUGGAUACAGAUCCUGUUCCCAUUUAUAAAUUAAAACUCUCAUUCCCCAAAUCACGUAAUUUGUUCGAAAAGGAGCCAGAUGACAUUCUUUCUUUAAACGGCUCUAUUGAGAUACAGUUCAUACCAUUUAGUUCACCCAUUUAAAAUGUGCACUUCAAUGGCUUUUAGUAUAUUCUCAGAGUUGUACAGCAACUGUUUAGUAUUUUAGUCUGUGAAUAUACUAACCAGAUAAAAAUCUUAAACCAUUUUCAUCCCGCCUGAAAGAAAACCCAUAGCCGUUAGUUAUUUUUCUUUGUUCUCUCCCUUGUCCCUUCUUCUCUUGUCUUUGUCUGUAAGCAGCCACUCAUUUCCUUUCUGUUUCUAUAGCUUUGCCUCCUCUGGACAUUUCAUGUAACUGGAUCAUGUCCUGUGUGGUCUUUGGAACAGGCUUCUUUGAGUUAGCAUGAUAUUUUCAGGGUUCAUCCAUGUUGUAGAUUGUGUCAAUACUUCAUUACUUUUCUUUGUUGAUAAUAUUUCAUUAUAUAGAUAGAUAUACCAGUUUUGUUUAUUUGGUCAUGAGUUAAUGGACAUUUGAGUUAUCUUCACCUGUUGGCCAUUGUGAAUAACGCUACUGUGAACACUCAUGUACAAGAUUUUAUGUGGACGUAUGUUUGCUUUCUCUUGCAUAUAUCCAGGAGUGGAGUUGUUGUAUCAUGUGAUACUCUAUGUUUAGCUUUGGAGAAACCAAAUAUUUUCCAAGGAAGCUGCACAUUCUACAUUCCUACCAAUAAUACAUGAUGAGUCUGACUUCUCCACAUGUUUACCAAUCCUUAUUAUUCUCCGUCUUUUCAACUAUAGUCAUCUUGAGAAAGUCCUUCUGCUAGCCUGGACACAUGUGCAUUUCUAUCAUCAUUUGUGUGCUCCAGUAGGACUCUGCUUAUUGAUGGCCGUGUAGAACUCAAGAGAGGCCUGCAGAGGCAGGAGCGGCAUCUUUUCCUGUUCAAUGAUCUGUUUGUUGUGGCCAAAAUCAAAUAUAACAAUAACUUUAAGAUAAAAAAUAAAAUAAAAUUAAGCGACAUGUGGACAGCAAGCUGUGUGGAUGAAGUGGGAGAAGGCAACACCAAUGCCAUGAAAUCCUUUGUCUUGGGCUGGCCCACAGUGAACUUCGUGGCCACUUUCAGUUCUCCAGAACAGAAGGACAAAUGGCUCUCUCUCCUUCAAAGAUACAUCAAUCUAGAGAAAGAAAAGGACUACCCGAAGAGCAUUCCCCUCAAAAUCUUCGCCAAGGACAUUGGGAAUUGUGCCUAUUCUAAAACUAUAACAGUAACGAAUUCAGAUACAGCAAAUGAAGUUAUCAACAUGUCACUUCCAAUGCUAGGGAUAACUGGCUCUGAGAGAGAGUACCAGUUAUGGGUCAAUUCUGGCAAAGAAGAGGCACCAUACCCACUUAUUGGGCAUGAAUAUCCCUAUGGAAUUAAAAUGAGCCAUCUUCGAGACACUGCACUCCUGACACAGGGAUCAAAGGACUCCCCGACACCUUCCAACUUCCAAGAGCCCUUCCUCAUGGAGCAGCUGCCCCGAGAGAUGCAGUGUCAGUUCAUCCUGAAGCCCAGCCGCCUGGCUGUGACCCAGCAGCUGAGUGAUUCAGGUCAGAAGACAUUUAAAAGGAGAAGAUCUAUCAUAAACUGGGCCUUUUGGCGGGGUUCUAGCAUUCACCUGGAUAACUUGCCCGUGUCACCAACGUCUCCUAUCCCAGGACAGCUCUUCGGGGUUUCUCUGCCAGAUAUUUGUGAGAAUGACAAUCUGCCCAAAGCUGUCUUGGAUAUGCUUUUAUUUCUUAAUCAGAAAGGACCUCUCACAAAAGGCAUCUUCAGACAGUCGGCCAAUGUGAAAUCCUGCAGAGAGCUGAAAGAAAAACUGAAUUCCGGAGCUGAAGUACAACUAGACUGUGAAUCUAUUUUCGUAAUAGCAUCUGUCUUAAAGGAUUUUCUACGAAAUAUUCCAGGAAGUAUUUUUUCAUCAGAUCUCUAUGAUCACUGGGUCUGUGUAAUGGAUCAAGGAAAUGAUGAAGAGAAAAUAAAUGCAGUUCAAAGGCUGUUAGACCAGCUUCCGAGAGCCAAUGUUCUUCUCCUAAGGUAUCUUUUUGGGUUAUUACACAACAUUGAGCAACAUUCUUCAUCCAAUCAGAUGACCGCAUUUAAUUUAGCAGUGUGCAUCGCCCCAAGCAUUCUUUGGCCUCCUACUUCCUCUAGUCCAGAACUAGAAAAUGAAUUUACAAAAAAGGUUUCUCUGCUUAUACAGUUUCUUAUUGAAAACUGCUGUCGGAUAUUUGGAGAAGAAAUCACUUCCCUCUUGGGAGAGGUUUCAGUGAGAUGUGAUACCAGAGAGAAUGCCUCAGAUAUCUCUUGCUUCCAGCUGAAUGACUCCUCCUAUGACAGCUUGGAAAAUGAGCUGAAUGAGGAUGUUGACGCCCCAUGUCGUGACUUGGUAAAGAAACUUGGUCAGGGUAGCAGAAGCAUGGACUCCGUGUUAACCCUCAGUGACUAUGACCUCGACCAGCCUGAGGUGGAAGGCCUUUUAACCCUGAGUGACUUUGACUUAGACCAUUCUAAAGAUGAAGACAUUCAAAUGGGACAGCCCCUUGAGUCUAAGCCAGUGGACACUGCAGUGUACACCAAGGUCCCACGUGCCCAGGCCCCCUCGGGCGCGAGCACACCCAGCCGCCUGUCCACAGCUGCCGCAGAUGCUCCAAAAGGCCUGAGGCGACACCGCCGCUGCUCGGAGCCCAGCAUCGACUAUCUCGAUUCAAAGCUUUCCUAUCUCAGGGAGUUUUAUCAGAAAAAGCUACGCAAGUCCAGCUGUGAUGCCAUUCUCUCAAAAAAAGAUGAGAGCCAUCUGAAUCAGAAUCAACCCCUUCAGGAAGGGGGUAAGACAUGUUUUAAAAAGAGUUUAGUCACAGGUAUUGAUAGCAAGAAAAAUGCCGCUAGUAAAAAUGUUAAGAAGAAAAGUUUGUCUGAUAAUGAAGGAAGUCAUGUAAAACUUUUUCCCAAAUCCAAGCCAGUAGCCAUUUCCGUGGCAUCAUACAGUCACAUGUCCUCCUGUGAUCAUCCCAGGAGCCAGCCCUUUGACAUGGAUGCAUCCGAAUACUCCCCUCCACACACUGCAGACGCCCUCAAGAGUUCAAGGAGGCAACGGCGCUGCUCAGAGCCCAGCAUUGAUGACCAGCACUGCAGACUGACCUAUCUCAGGGGGAUUUAUCCAAAGAAGCAGCAGAAAGCCAGCUACGAAGCCAGUCUCUUGCAUGGAGAGGAAGAUUAUCUCAAGCGGCACAAGUCUUUACAAAUGGAGGGCCAAAAGCUUAUUAAUCAGAGUUUGGUCAUGGGGAUUGAGGUGGGCAAGAGUAGUGCCACAAACCAAAACACGGAGAAGGUUUUAUCCCCAAGUUUAAACCUUUGCUCAAGGACUAGCUAUUCCAGCUUGUCCUCCCCAGGCACUUCCCCAUCUGGUUCAUCAGUGAGCUCCCAAGACAGUGCUUUUUCUCAGAUUUCUGAACACUCUGUGUUUACACCCACUGAAACAUCCUCUCCAAUAGAUUGUACUUUUCAAAGAAAACAGGCAGAGCUUUCUUCUGACUUUAGCACUUCUGGCCUCAUUUCUGGAAUUCCUGGUCCCUCAUCAGGGCAGGCCAGCGGCCGCCUGGCCUAUACAAAAAAGGACAGCGUAGAGUGGCAUUCACACAUGCAUUCUGUAACUCUUCACCCCAGCACAUGGUUGAAGAGUGGUGUAGCCAGUUUGAAAAACUGGUCUCUCAAAAAGAAGGCAAGGGCACCCAGACCAGAGGAAAAUAAAGUGGGUUCUCUAAAAGGACCCACGGAUCCUCCUGCACAUGCUUCUGGUGUUCCGGAAGCCAUCGCACUACAAGAAAGGCAGAAAGACGUGCCCCAAAGGGCAGCUGAAGGACUGGGACCUGUGCAGACAGCCCUCUGGUAUAGUUCCUACCCCAGCCAGGACUCAGAGAAAUACUGUAGCUCUCCAUUCAGCCUCGUGGAAGACACACUUGGGCUUCGUAUGAAGUCGCCCGAGGAAGGAGAAGAUAGCAGGCAGUGCUCUCCUGGUAUGCUGCCCCAGAGAAGAUCCUCCCCCGGCUCUUUGACUGUGGAUGAUGCGUCCAGCCCAGACUCAGGGCCGCCUGUGGCGUGUGAUGCUGAGGAUAGACAUUUGGCCAGAGACAUGUAACCACCAUGAGAACCUGAUGUCUACAAGAACAGAAACAGGCUGAUAAUGAUACAACAAUUACUAUGACCCCUUUGUAUAAAAUACCUGGGAUGGGUAGCAUAAAGAUAAUCAUUGCUAAUACUUUGGACAACAAACGAAUUCUCUUUCUUGAGACUAUUUGGCCAAAAGUUUAGAUUGAAAAAAUCUGUGACCUCAGUGUUUGGGAGGCUUUUCCGUAUUAAAGCAUGGAUGGAUCCUGUCAUGCAUUUUAAGAGCUAUGAGCAGACAGCUAGAGAAAGCAUCUUCUGUAGAGGAAACAUGCUGUUUAUGAUGAGCUUAGUUCCUGAGGAAGCCAGGAGAUAAGAAGCGAAAAACAGGAAGUGUGGAGAGAGAGGGAAGGCUGUGGAGAAACCAUUAUUCCAUGGAAUGUUUUUAAUAAGUAGGCCAAAAUAAUGCUGCUAGUCAAAAAGCUAAAGAGGUAACACAUCUGAUAAUAAAGAAAAUUAUGUGAAAUUUUUCCCCAAAUCCAAACCAGUGACCGUUUCUGUGACAUUUUAUAUUCAGUCACAUACCCUCACAGCAUCAUUUCAAGUAUCAGCCCAUUGGUGGCAGCCAGAGAGGAAAAAAACUGAAGUGAUUUGAAAGCCAUGAGUACCAUGAUAUUGUAGGUGGUUUUGUUUGUUUUGUUUUUUUUGUAUUGGUUGAGUUUUUCCAUCAGUGUUUCGUGCUCCACAGAGGCUCCACUGCACACUGCAGUGAGGAGGAAGAAGGAGACGACUGCUCAUCUUGGUGUCCUUUCAAGGUGCCUGAGCUCGGAACCUUGUCCUGUUAUAAGACGACCUUCCCACUGUAUUCACUGUCUUAGUGUGGAGGGAAAGGAGGGAAAGGCUGCCAGAGCAGCCCUUUCUCUUACCCAGUUGCUGUUGCAAACAUGUGAUCAAAGCAUGACUCCUCUUUGCUAAAAUGUUUUUCUGUUCCUCACCUCUUAGUCAGCCAGAAAAAAUUCCUGAUAAGUCAUCUCUUUACUGAUGGUCAUUUGUCAGUUGAGAGAACAGUUUUGAGGUUGGCAGGUUAUAAAUAGUCACAGAGUGGAGGAGCCGUCAGAGUGGCUCUCAGGCCUUCUUUUUGACAGUCACUGGCUUGGGAUUAUCUUACCUCCAGAAGUUUUUACAUCUUUUUUGUUCCAAUAGUUCAGUUUAUACCCCCAUUGAUUUAUUCCAUAUUGAUGGACAUUUCUCCUCUUGCCUUAAAGAUUACACCAGUACAUCUCCUGGAUUAUUUCCUUGGGUUAUUAGGCCUUGCCAGCCAGUGUGAUGCGAAAGAAUCAGAAAUGGAUGUGCAUCUUCCUUCAUUUUAAAUACUUAAAAGAAGUUGCUUAGAGCCCAUUGAGUUCAAUAUUAGAUGGACCUCCCCCCCACAAUACUUGCUUAUUUCAAAUUAUUUUCCUCAGCCACCCAGAAACUUUCAUGUCAAAUAUUUUCUCAAUGUUGUCCUAAAGGUUGCAUUUUUCACUUAUAUAAAAAAAUAAUGUGUUCUGUAAGAGAGAAGUCCUUUCAGUAUUAGCUUUAGGUGCUACCUACCUCUAGGGGACAUGGCCCUGUUUGUCCUAAGCAUUGUAGUUAACUUUUAGAACUCUCUCAAAAGAGCUCCUUUAUGACACUGGCCAUCUCAGUCACAGAUGUGAAGUAGAUUUUACCUUUUAACUAACCACUCAUAUAUUUAGACUCCUCAGUGUCCAUAUGCAUCUUCUGUGGUAUGAUAUAUAAAGGCAACAGGGAUUCCCCUCACCCUUAGGGCAUACUACUGCAGAACCGCAAGAUGUGAAUGAAGCUCUUAUGGCUUGGAGUGUCUUUCCAGAAGAAAUUGCUUCUCUGCUUAACAAAAUAAUAGUUGUAUCCUUUUUUCUUUCAUAGUGGUGGUUAGGAAACCAUCUACUCAGCUUGAAGCAUAGAAGAUGCUGAGGUUCUUCCAUAACCAUUCCUGUUCUCUGUGUUCCCUUAGAUACUCCUGUAACAUUUAAUGUGAAUAAUUAAUAUUGCUGUAAAGUAUUGUAUGAUUUGAAGACAGACUACAUGUCAUUUUAUUAUACUCCAUCAAUCUAUAAUAUAUUAGACCAAUGCUUUAUCUAAAAUGCUUUGAGUUUGUAUAAUAUAUCUUGACAAAUUUUACUACCAUAUGUUAUGUAAUAAAUGUGUAUUUUUGUACUUGCAGAAACUGCUGCUAACUUUUAAAGUUGUUUGGUUUUAAAGGCACUGAUUAUGGAUAUGUAUGAAGUCCAUGCUGUCUGUUAAAUAAAACAUCAUCCUUCAGAGUUAACAGUCCCACCAGGGCAAUAUUGCCCUUCGUAGACUUGUUUUAGCUAACGAGCCCAAUUUCUGCUUAACAUUGGAAAUUUCGUAAAAUGUAAUUAAUGUUGAUUGGAACUUUGAGCUUUUAGUCAUAGGCCGUGUGGUCAGUCUCUCUAGAAAAGGAGGGCUUUAUUUCUUUUAUAUUUUUCUGAUCUUACUGUUUACCAAACAAUACAACAAUACAUUUUAGACAUAAAGUCUUCGUUUUUCUUAGAUAUUACAUGUACACUGUGCUCCUAGAAUCAGAUACAUAUUGUCUGUGUUCUCAUAGCAAAGAACCAUCAACUCAGUUCAACUGAUGUAUGAGAUCAUCUUGUCUAAAUUUGAGCCCUUCUGACCAGAGUAUCUAAUUGAUUCCAGACAUGUCCAAACAUCCCAGGAUGUCUAGAUCUAGAUACUACAAGACAUCAGUACUUAUAAAGUCAUAUAAAGUCAGUAAAUAUUCUCAUUUCUCUCAUUUCCCAUGAGUAUCUUUGCCUCCUCAAAGUUCAUGGAGGUUCGCUGUAUGUAAGUUUAUGCACCAUUUCAGAAAGGUUAAAAAUAUACACAUAACCUUAGUCCAGAAAAAAAAUGAUUCAUUCUGAGCAGUAAAGACCUAAAUGUUAAAGAAAUGCAAAGAUGAUUUUUGCUUCUAAAGAAGCAGCUUAAUCUACUAAAAACAUUGAGUUCAAUAAAUUAUCUUAGUUUUAUGGUUUUUCGGCUUUUCAUGGAAUGGCAUUGAAUUGAAAGGAUCUAAUGUAUCCUCGAACCAGUGGCAUAUUUUGUCUGUUGAAACUAAAAAUAUUAUGUAUCUUAAUCCAAAUUAUGGUAGUUUUUAAUCUUUUUUACCUGGUCAUGUUUUAAUGACUUGAGAGGAAGUAUCUACAAACUGUUUAUUUCAAUACAAAGAAAAAAAUUUAACAAUAAAGCUGGGUAAAAUGUUAACUUCUUUAAUAUCUAUUCUGGUUACAAGGAUAUCACAUAAGCUAAGUUUCCUGCUGAAAGGAAGAGUACUCUUGAAUUCUGUGCUUUCUACCCGAAGUGUGAGUCUACUCUGUUCCUAAGCCACCUGUAAAUAUAAAUCCUUCAUUUGUA